AUGCCUUAUGCUGAAGCGUUCAACUUGUACAGCAACCCCAAUGCCAUAACUCCUACGAGUAGGAAGAAAAUGAGCAGGCGGCACCCUGGGGAAAGCAGUAUCGACCCUUCGAAGAAAAGGGCUCGAAUUGAGGAUCCUUCUACACCACUACCUUCCAAGGAAACAACUCCUCCUCCAGCUCCCAUCGACCCUACUCCUCCAGCUCCCAUUGACUUGACUCCUCCUGCUCCUCGUAACCCAAGUCCUCCUGCUCAGCCAGGGAAAACUCAUGUCGAGGCUAUCCUCACAGCUUGCACCUCGGCCAACGACAGGCUAAAGAAACUGUCAAAACACUGGCGCAGUCAGGAAGCCUUCAGCAACGUCUCCUCCAUGAAGGUUGAACAAAUUAUCAGUCGCUCGCUGAAUGAGGGAGUUUUGACCAUGAGUACCAGUUGGCGUCGCUUAGAGGAGAUGUUGCCCAGCAUGCUGAAGAGAUUAAGACUGUCGAGGAAAGACUCAGCAAGCAACUCAAGGUGGCCGAGGCUAAACAGGCUGAGCAACUUGCCAAGAGAGGAACUAAAGCAGCAUAAGAAGGCCUUGGUCAAAGUCAUUGAGGCCAAAGAGAGGUACAAGGAGGCUUCGGUCUUGAACUUCAAAGAGGCCUCCAAACUCCAAGAUGAACUGGCGAUCAGCAUGAAAGAAACUGCUAAGUGGGAGGAAUGA